AGGCAUUCUCCCCUCUCACCGCCACGGCGCACGCGUGUUGCGCAGUGGAAGCCAUGUUAAAGUUACACUGAAGUCAGGCAGAGAUUGUUUUCCCCCUGACGCUGUAUGUUUAUUUGUUUGUUUCUUCUUAUUAGUGUAAACUGUGUCCAUACAAAAGCACCGACUGGAUUCAGAAACCGGGAUUCUAACGAUGAAUUCCAGUUUCGACCUCUCAAGACGUAAUCCGCAAGAGGAUUUCGAGUUGAUUCAAAGGAUUGGAAGCGGGACCUACGGGGAUGUCUACAAGGCUCGGAAUGUCUCUACGGGAGAACUGGUUGCCAUUAAAGUCAUCAAACUGGAACCAGGGGAAGACUUUGCGGUGGUGCAGCAGGAGAUCAUCAUGAUGAAGGACUGCAAGCACUCCAACAUCGUGGCCUACUUCGGCAGCUACCUCAGAAGAGACAAACUGUGGAUAUGCUUGGAAUACUGUGGAGGGGGAUCCCUGCAAGACAUCUACCAUGUGACCGGCCCCCUGUCGGAAUCUCAGAUCGCCUACGUUUCCCGGGAAACGCUUCAGGGGUUGUACUAUCUCCACCACAAAGGAAAGAUGCACAGAGACAUUAAGGGAGCAAAUAUCCUAUUAACCGAUAAUGGGUAUGUAAAACUAGCGGACUUUGGCGUCUCGGCACAGAUCACCGCCACUCUGGCCAAGAGGAAGUCGUUCAUCGGCACCCCUUACUGGAUGGCUCCUGAGGUAGCCGCCGUUGAGAGGAAGGGCGGGUACAAUCACCUGUGUGACAUCUGGGCCGUGGGAAUUACCGCCAUCGAGCUGGCCGAGCUGCAGCCCCCCAUGUUCGAGCUGCACCCGAUGAGGGCUCUCUUCCUGAUGACCAAAAGUAACUUCCAGCCUCCUAAAUUGAAAGACAAAUUGAAAUGGACAAAUAAUUUCCACCAUUUUGUGAAAGUAGCGUUGACGAAAAACCCGAAGAAAAGGCCAUCAACUGAGAAGCUGUUGCAGCAUCCCUUUGUCUCUCAGCCCCUCAGUCGGACGCUGGCCAUCGAGCUCCUGGACAAGGCCAACAACCCCGACCACUCCACCUACCCCGACUUUGAUGACGACGAGCCAGAGCCUGAGCCCCCCGUGGUCGUUCCCCAGAGAAUCCACUCAACCAGCCGGAGCAACCGGGAAGGGAAGACCCUGUCUGAGAUUAACUUCGACCAGGUCAAGUUCGACCCCCCUCUGCGGAAGGAGACGGAACCUCAUCACGAGCCGCCCGACACUGACGAUUUUUUGGACUGUGCAGAAGAAAUAUACUACACUGCAAGACCUUACCUGGACUCGCCCCUGGAUUACGAGCAGGGAUCCCCCGGAGGCUCCAUCCUGGGAGGGAACAAGAGUCUUCUGAAAUCUGUGGAGGAGGAGCUACAUCAGAGGGGCCAUGUGGCACAUUUAGAGGAUGAUGAUGAUGAUGAUGAUGGUGGUGAUGAUGAUGAAACUCAACACUCAUCCAGCAACACCAUGAGGCCCAAAGUGCCCCCACCUCUGCCUCCAAAGCCCAAGUCCAUCUGCGGCCCCCAGGAGAGCCAUCCUGGCGACGACGACGGUGGUAACCACGGGACCAUCAAGCGCUGCCCCGUGUCGGAGAGCCCCAGCCGCGCCCGGCCGGCCUCCUACGUGCCCCCCAGGCCCCCGCCCCCUCGGCUGCCCCCCCACAGGAGGAAUAGCCUAGGUAACGAGGCCCCACAGAGCCCGGGGCCCUGGGACCCGGAGGGCCAUUCCGAGAGCUUUAGGGAUUUCUGGGACUGGUUGCAUGCCUACCCCGAGGAAGACGAUGAGGAGGAGGAGGAGGAAGACGAGAGCAAUGGGGUGAACCCUUCUCAUGUGAACGGAGAGAAGGAUAAGCAGUCCACAGCGCCCCCUGCAGUCUCUGCGCAGAAGGAGAGGAAGGACAUCCCGGUAACCAAGAAGCCAAUCAGUAACGGCCUCCCGCCCACCCCUAAGGUCCAUAUGGGCGCUUGCUUCUCAAAGGUCUUCAACGGCUGUCCCUUAAAAAUCCACUGCGCCACCUCCUGGAUAAACCCGGACACGCGAGACCAGUAUUUGAUAUUUGGCGCGGAGGAGGGCAUAUACACCUUAAACCUGAACGAGCUGCACGAGACCUCCAUGGAGCAGCUCUUCCCUCGAAGGUGCACGUGGCUGUACGUGAUGAACAACUGCCUGCUCUCCAUAUCCGGAAAAGCAUCACAGCUCUACUCACACAACCUAGCGGGUCUGUUCGAAUACGCACGACAAAUGCAGAAGCUGCCUGUCGCCAUACCGACCCACAGACUUCCCGACAAGAUCAUUCCCAGGAAGUUUGCAGUAUCCAAUAAAAUUCCAGAUACAAAGGGAUGCCAGAAGUGUUGUGUAGUGCGGAACCCGUACACGGGUCAUAAGUACCUGUGCGGCGCGUUCCAGUCCAGCGUGGUGCUGCUCGAGUGGGUGGAGCCCAUGCAGAAGUUCAUGCUCAUCAAGAACAUAGACUUCCCUCUGCCGUGCCCCCUGGAGGUGUUUGAGAUGCUGGUGGUCCCGGAGCACCAGUACCCUCUCAUCUGCAUGGCCGUCAGCAAGGGCACCGAAACCAACCAGGUGGUCCGCUUCGAUACCGUCAACCCCAACUCCGCCUGCUCCUGGUUCACAGAGUCAGAUGCACCACAGACCUGUGUCAUCCAUGUCACCCAACUGGAGAAGGACACCAUCUUGGUCUGCCUCGACCGGUGCAUUAAGAUCGUGAAUUUGCAGGGCAGGUUAAAGUCCAGCAAGAAGCUGUCGGCCGAGCUCACCUUCAACUUCCAGAUCGAGUCGAUAGUGUGUCUCCAGGACAGUGUGUUGGCCUUCUGGAGGCACGGAAUGCAGGGGCGGAGCUUCAAGUCCAAUGAGAUCACGCAAGAGAUUUCUGAUAACACAAGAAUUUUCCGGCUCUUGGGAUCAGACAGAGUGGUGGUACUGGAGAGCAGGCCAACGGACAAUCCCACAGCGCAUAGCAACCUCUACAUCCUGGCGGGACACGAGAACAGUUACUGAGCGCAAAGCAUUCUGGGAUUGCGUCGGGCCAGAGAACACGCCUCCUGCUCUGCUUCGGACACACCUCUUCAUCAUGGGAGUGACAUGGGACUUGUCAGUUUUGUUUUGUUUUUUUUUGUUUUUUUAAAUAAUUUUUUUUAUUUAUUGUGGCAUGUUAAAGAAAGGCUUUUCUUUUUUUAAUAUAUAUAUUUUUAAAAAGUGUUGCCACCACUUAGUAUCUUACGCUACCACACAAGUGCUUAAUAGACUUAUAUUUAAUUGUUGUAAAUAUUAAUGUAGUAUUUUUUUGACGCGAGCAGAUUUGAAGUUGUACACUAAAGACUGGUAAUGUAGAUAUCUGUGCAUAUAUGCUGUACAGUUAUCCAGGCUGUAUAGGUGUAAAGGUGCGGUGUGUGGCGUAAAUAGAUGGGGUACUACUUUAAAAGGGCUCCUCUUCCCAGGUCAUGUUCGGGGGUACCACCGUACAGGUACCCCGAAAAAGUAAUCCCGGAAGAAGUGCCCGUCCUAUUAACACUGACGUUUUUAUUUUCGGAUUUCAAUGGAGAGAUUUAUUCCUUCAGAUAUGGAGCCCUGGGCUUCUUUUUAUAAUACAGAAAUUUCAAAUCUCUGUUGUCCACCCAUUUUAAAAUGCCUAUGUUUUAUAAUUAUGUGGCAUACACUGGUUUUUGAACCUUUGCACAAAACAGCUGAUGAGUUUUUAUAGAAGCAAUGAUGUAUGUAUCUGUGUAUAUGUGUGUACAGAGAGAGCAUGUACGCGCAUAUAUGGGUAUAUGUACCAGACCUGGGUCAAAUACUUUUCUGUGCUCUAUUGAUCUUGCCUGGUGUAAUUGAGCCUGCCACAAUAUGGCAAGAAGGCGGGGUUUGCACUUUUUGAGAGUAUUUCAUUGGUUCCAUACACCAGACAAGAUCAGUAAAGCGUAGAAAAGUAUUUGAAUCCAAAACAAAUGCGUAUUUGACCCAGGUCUGAUAAGUACGUGUGCACAUGCAUUGCAUCGCUGUUUGAGUAUACACAUCGAUAUGCGUUCUGUGCUAAAUGCUGUGACUGGAGUUCUGUCGCUCCGGUUUACAAAAACACACAGCAGUCUUGUUGUUACUGACAUGAAGUGAGAUGAAACUGUGCUUACGAAGCUGAAAAAUAACACACUAUUCCAAACGAGCUAUAACCGUAGAUCCGUUGUCCAGUGGUACUAUUGAAUAACACUUGUCUUAACUAUGGUAGUACUUUCUCGGUGUCGGCCAUAACGUCGGCAGUUGGAUAUUCAAACCUAAGAAGAACAUUCCCUUGCUUACACGAUCUUACUUUUGCUUUUAAAACGUUAUGCCAAAAUUUUUUUCGUGUUCCGUUAAGUAAUGGCCAAAAUAAUUUGGGUGUCUACCUCGUGCAAUGAUGAAAAAGGCACCAGCAGUUUCUGCCGGUGAAUAAAGAGUUUCCCUUUCCUCCACUGUAGAAUUCUUCCAUUGGGUUUUUUCCCUGAACUAAAAAAAAGAAAACAUUUCUUUUCAUUAUUUCAGCAUUAUAACAUUUUCAUAUUGCAAAGCGUAAUGUAUAUACUGUAAAAUAAAAAAUCUGUUGGUUUUA